CCAGAAUGCUCUGCGCCGAGCCAAGAUGGAAGAACCCAGCAGCUGCGGGAGAACAAUGUUUUGGCUUUAGAUAUCAAAACGGACAGCUGAGGUUGAACUACGCGAGCCACGGCGGCAGGUCAUGGUCCUGCACCGGAUGACACUGAUUUCCACCUCAUAGUUUUCCUGCUCGCCAGCCUUCACCAUGAGCAUCAUUCAAGACAAGCUAGGGAAUGAAUUCCUGCGCUCCAACGGUAGCAUGGACUCCAAUUUCGGAGCGGGCAUGAUUAUGUUCAGCCACCUCCCCCCGGUGACCAGCUUCACCCGGCUGGCUGCUCACUCCGUCAUGCAGGACCUUCCACCGCAAGAAAUGAUCCUGAAGAAGGAGCGUGACUCGCCUGACUGCAGCAUGGGCACCCAUGGUGACAGCCUGGGAUGUUUGGGGGCGGGAGACUAUGUUCAUGCCAUGGGCAUCAAGCAGGAGAAGCUGUCAGAACACGAUUACCGCCUGCCACUCUACCCUGGAGGUCUGGGGAAGAGCACAGAGCUGCUGGAGGUUACCGUCAGUAACAACCAGAACCUGCUGGGCCAUGACCUCAACAUGGGCAACCUGCCCAGCCAGCUAGGAAAGGAGCCCACAGGGAGAAAAGGUCGGAGGUCAAAUGGUGAUGGACAGGAGGGUAAACCAAGAAAGAAGAGAAGCGAGGCAAAGCAAUCAAUGAUGCUGGAUGGAGAUGGAGGCUGCCUGUCACCCGGAACCAAGCCUCACAUCUGUGAACACUGCACUGCAUCCUUCAGAAGCUCCUAUCACUUACGGAGACAUGUCCUCAUUCACACAGGUGAAAGACCCUUCAGAUGCAGUCAGUGCAACAUGAGUUUCAUCCAGAAGUAUCUUCUCCAGCGGCACGAGAAAAUUCACAGUGGAGAGAAGCCAUUUAGCUGCGACCAGUGUAACAUGCGUUUCAUUCAGAAGUAUCACAUGGAGAGGCACAAGAGGACGCACAGUGGAGAAAAGCCGUACAGAUGUGAGACCUGCCAACAGUAUUUUUCCAGGACAGACCGACUGCUUAAGCACAAGCGAACCUGUGGAGACGCCAUAAAGAAGGGGCUGGAUCCCGGGAUGAUGGAGCUCGGUUGUGUAGACAUGGGACAUGGCAGCUAUGGAAUCACUCAGGGAAAUGCUGGGAGUACUGGUAGGAAGAGAGGAAGGUCCAAAAACGCUGGAGAGGCAGGGGAGCGCAAGAAGAGGAAGGGAGAUGGAGGAGGUGGCAGAGUGCCUCACAUUCAGGGGGCUGUAUCUGGAGAAUACAGCAUCCAUGAGUACUCUGUGGAGAAUCCAACAGUGUCUUCCUCGACCGAGCCAGGACCCAGCAUGCAGCACGGCCACCACGGCCGAGCCCCAAAGAUGGCUUUUAAGAAGGCCAAUCGUAAGGGCCUGGAUAAAGCAGGUCUGGAGCAGGACAAAGCAGGUUCACUGCAGCAGGGUGGGGGCAUGGACGGUCUCGGCCUCAUGCAGGGUAACGGCGCCAAAGUAGGGCCUACCACCAGCAACUAUGACGACGCCAUGCAAUUCCUGAAGAAGAGACGUUACCUUCCAGCAGCAAAUAAUGCAAACGCCUCAGGGCCCGCAGUGACCGGGGGAGCCAACAACGAGUACGACGUCAGCGUUCACUUGUCUUCCCAGCCUUCUGUCAUUCACGGCGUGGUCUCCAGCGUGUUGGACAGCGAUGCUUCCCUCGGUCUCGACAAGUCGGGGAUCCCCGACGAGGUUCUGCAGAGUAUCCUCGACCACUACUCCCAGAAACCAGACGCCUCCCACCACGACGUUCACUUCGACAUCAGCGACCACCACGUGGACCUGAACCCCGCCUCAGCCGACGCUCCUGACAUCGGCCACCACACUGACACCCCCAGCCCGUCAGGAGACAAAACUGUGAUGAUGCACGAAUACUCCCGUUUCCUGCUGCAGGCCUUGGAGCGCACCAGCCACAGUGCCAGCUUCCCCCUGGGCCCCGUGCCUCCUGCCUCAGGACCCUUCACUAGUUCUCACCCAGGAAAUCCCCUCUAUGCUGACAAGAACAUCUACACUACAUCCCUGUUGGAGUGUGGGUACAGCCAGUCAGUGGCCUCGCCUUCGCUGCCCUCCUCUGUGCCAAAGUCUCACUUUGUGAUGCUGACAAGCUCCUCACCGCAGCACAGCUUCCACCUGAGCAGCCUAGACGCCCCCACACACCAGCAGCUCACCCCUUCUCAGGAGCUCACUGACCAGAUGGAGAAGCAGCACUCCUCCACUCCCCCUUCAUCCUACCAGAUCAGCCCAUCUGACCUGAGCAGCCAGAAGGACCAGCAGCCAGUCAAGAACGGCACGGCGGUGGUGUACCCUCUGGCUCCCUCGCAGGAUCUGGCAUCUCUGGACUCCUCUAAGCCUUCCUACCAGAUAGAAAACUUUGCCCAGGCCUUUGGCUCUCAGUUCAAGUCAGACGGCCGUGGCUUGUCUUAUGGCACUGACUCUAGCGGGGCGGUGGUUCACAGGAUACGGACGCCUGUGUCUGAAUUCUCAGGGUAUAGUAGUUUGUUAUCUGAUGUCAAUGAGCCAGUAAGUACAGGUUCCAAAACUCCAACAAGCCAAAGCUACAGAUGAGAGCCUGAGAGGGAGAGAACACUCUGUCGUUCUUAUUUUAAUUUUUUUAGUGCUCCUAUUUUAUUAUUAUUAUUGUUAUUGUUAUUAUUAUUAUUUUUUUAAGUGACAUCUAUAUUUUAAUUAUACUGAUGUUCUGUCCUCGUGCCCACUCUCCUCUCCCAGCAAUAAGCCUGCAAGGCUUCCCGCAAAAUGCAAUUUUUUUUAAGUAUGGAUUAUUUUUAAGUUAAAAGUGUAUUUACUGUUUAUUCUUGUCAUAUUAGUGACUGAAAGUACUUUUGGAGUAAGCGUAGAGUAGUGCCGGACAUAUUUCUUUUACAAUGAGCUGGUGUUUGAGCAAUCAACGUUACAAGUGUGGAAUAACAAUAGAAAUAAUGGCAGGGAAUAGCCCAGAAUUGAAAUGGCAAAAAAAUGUCUGUUACAAGGUUAAAAGUAUUACUCAGGAAUAAGUGGAAAAGCUUACGAGGUACAGUGAGCCCUCUUUUCAGAAGUGUAUGUUUGCGACUUCAGAGAGGAUCUUUCUUAUGUUUUGUUACUUGUUGAAUGAGUGUGACUUAAACAGACUGCUGCCAGCUCACUUGAACACUGAAAACACUUUCUACUUGGCUAUAUAGAGAUUAUGGUACUUUCAUGUCAAUGUGAAACUCAUAUUUGCUUCAAUAAGGGCCAUAUAUAUAUAUCUAUAUAUAUUUAUAAGAAUAUAUAUUAUGUAAAAUAACAGUUUUAAUCAUUCUGGGGAUCUGCCAGUUGAAGUUGAGGAAGAACGAGGGCUGGUUCCGGGGCUAAAUGUUGUCCUUGGUAUAUUUUUGGAGAACAAAAGUGAUGUUGGGGCUUUUCUUUGGCCAAUAGAGGUUGCUGUUGGACAGCGAUGGAAUGGCCUUCCCCUUUUCCUGUUCUCCUCUUCUUCCUCUUAAAAAGAAUCCAGUUAGCACUUUGAGCCGCUUUCUUACAUUGAGUUAAGUGUCCCGUCGGAUUAAGGAAGCUCAAACAUCAGGAAUGGACUGGCUUUUUGACAGGCGUGUUGCUGUAUGGGCAUAUGCAGAUGGCGUUUCUUUGGCCUGGAGAUACAGUGGGAUGGGAGUACCCUUUGUUUGGGGAGCAUGGUUUUUAUGAGACGAAGGGAGGGGAGGGCUGAAAUGUGAAAAGUGGGAUUUUUUUUCAGGAAUAUUUUCUCUUACUUUUAGGGAGGGUCUAGCUCAGGAGGGAGGGAGGGCUUUUAAAACUAUUUAAUCGGGAUAAUGUAAAUGUAAUUCAUACCCCUAGUUUUAGUUUGACUUGUUAUCCACCUUAGCGGCUUUCUUAUUGAUGACAAAAUGUGUUAGUGAUCAAGUAUUUGUUCAGCUGUUACUGAGGCAGCCUUGUGCGCUAUGAGCCAAGAGGCGGCCAACCGGAAAUGUGUAUACAUUUAGAUCCUUGGCGAGCAGACUUGUCCCGUUAGAAAUUGGGUGCCUAUUCCUCAGAAGUACAGAUGCAAGAUAUUGUCUAGUAAAUGUUAGAUGUACUUUCUUGCUGAUUAUGAAAUGUUUUUGACUUUUUUUUUUCUUCAAAGACAACAAGUGCGCUGUCUUCCAUAGCAACAACUGGCCUCCUGCUGGAAACGAUAUCACUCUGCUGUACGACUCUUUGUGCCCGUUGUUUUAAGCAAUCAUUGAACAUGGCAGUCAAUGCAACGCUGUAAUAUCUUAAAUUUGCCAUGUGGAACAGUUGAGGCGUUAAACCAGAAUACCUCAUAUCACAACAAACCAGGGACAACGGAGUGACGGUUUGAUGUAUGUAGCAGAAAAGCUGUUGUAUGUAUAAAAAAAAUGUCUCUGCGGGACUAUUCUGAAACAGUUGUGUACAUUUAUGACCCAUUAAGACUCUUGUUUCUGUUCAAGGGUUUUUGUAAAUGUCUCACACCAACCAGUGUUUCUCUUCAGUUCUCCACAUCUUAUUUGCCAUACUGUUUCAGUACGCUUAUUGUUUACAAAAAAAAAAUGUACAAAACACUACAUUCAUUUUGACCCCUGUAUAAAUUUAUUUUACUAUCUUUUCCCCCUUUUUUGUAUCACCGCCAAAUUUUUUAGCUGAUAUCUUCCUCUUUUUUUUUUUUUUGUUCUUUCAGAUUCUUGUGACACGUUUCACAAGACUGUACUUGUCCAAUGAAAUGAAAACUGAUUAAUUAGGGAGAAAACAAUAAAAGCUGUUAACAGAAAAGUG